CGUUAUGAAACACUGUUAACCGGUAGUGGGUCGCCGGAGGUGACUCUCGAACCUGACCCACAGACACUCUCCGCUCUUCGGAACCGACGGAAGAAAUGCUUCUUUCUCUGGGCCUGACAUAAACAUCUUUGUGGGGGAGCCAGUACGAGACUGAAAUGGCCCCAAACUCCAUCCACUGGUUCAGAAAGGGACUGCGUCUCCAUGACAACCCAGCACUACGGGAGGCGGUGCGGGGGGCGGCCACUGUGCGCUGCGUGUACUUCCUGGAUCCGUGGUUUGCAGGUUCCUCUAACGUCGGGGUGAACAGGUGGAGGUUUCUCCUUCAGUGUUUGGAGGACCUUGAUGCAAGUCUCCGUAAACUCAACUCACGUCUUUUUGUCAUCAGAGGCCAACCAGCCAACGUGUUUCCUCGUCUUUUUAAGGAGUGGAAAAUCUCUCGGCUGACCUUUGAGUACGACUCGGAGCCAUUUGGAAAGGAGAGGGACGCUGCCAUAAAGAAGCUGGCAAUGGAGGCGGGAGUGGAGGUCAUUGUGAAGAUCUCACACACGCUCUACGACCUGGACAAGAUCAUAGAGCUGAACGGAGGACAGCCUCCUCUCACCUACAAGCGUUUCCAGACCCUCAUCAGUCGCCUGGACCCCCCAGAGAUGCCUGUGGAGACCCUGUCGGACACUCUGAUGGGAUCCUGCAUCACCCCCAUUUCUGAGGACCAUGGGGAGAAGUAUGGUGUCCCAUCUCUGGAGGAGCUGGGCUUCGACACAGAGGGUCUUCCAUCAGCUGUGUGGCCUGGAGGAGAGACAGAGGCUCUGACCAGGAUAGAGCGUCACUUGGAGAGGAAGGCUUGGGUGGCUAACUUCGAGCGUCCCAGGAUGAAUGCUAAUUCUCUGCUGGCCAGCCCAACAGGCCUCAGCCCCUACCUGCGCUUCGGCUGCCUCUCCUGUCGCCUUUUUUACUUUAAGCUCACAGACCUGUACCGUAAGGUAAAAAAGAACAGCUCUCCUCCGCUCUCCCUAUACGGGCAGCUGCUGUGGCGCGAGUUCUUCUACACAGCAGCCACCAACAACCCACGCUUCGACAAGAUGGAGGGGAACCCCAUCUGCGUGCGCAUCCCCUGGGACAAAAACCCCGAGGCACUUGCUAAGUGGGCCGAGGCCAAAWCGGGCUUUCCCUGGAUAGAUGCCAUCAUGACACAGCUGAGACAGGAGGGCUGGAUCCACCAUCUUGCGAGGCAUGCAGUGGCUUGUUUCCUCACCAGGGGGGACCUGUGGAUCAGCUGGGAGGAAGGGAUGAAGGUCUUUGAAGAGUUGCUUCUGGAUGCAGACUGGAGUGUGAAUGCAGGCAGCUGGAUGUGGCUCUCCUGCAGUUCAUUCUUUCAACAGUUUUUCCAUUGCUACUGYCCCGUGGGCUUCGGCCGGCGCACCGACCCCAACGGGGACUUCAUCAGACGAUACUUACCUGUCCUCCGAGGUUUUCCUGCUAAGUUCAUCUACGACCCAUGGAAUGCCCCGGAGUCCGUGCAGGCGGCGGCCAAGUGCAUAAUUGGCAUCCAUUACCCAAAGCCCAUGGUUCACCACGCAGAGGCCAGCCGGCUCAACAUUGAGAGGAUGAAGCAGAUCUAUCAGCAGCUGAGCCGAUACAGAGGACUGGGCCUGUUGGCAUCGGUCCCGUCGACCAAUGGGAACGGAAAUGGAGGAAUGAUGGCUUACUCUCCUGGAGAGCAGCAACCAGGGACCAACAACAACAACAACUCACACUUAGCUGGAGUGUCGGGGAGCUCAGUUACAGCAGGGAACGGCWGUGGAAGCAUCUUAUUUAACUUCGACAGUGAAGAACAGACCGGACCCCGCAGUGUUGGACAACAGCAGCAACGACUUAACACACUGCCAUCAACUCAGCAGCAGCAUGGAUACCACUCAGUGCCAGAUGCCAGUCAGAACAUCCCCAGCAGCCGACUUCAUCAUGAGUUUGCUGUUCCUCAGCAUCCAGGACUCCUCCUGCACACGAGGGGCAGCAUCACAGGGAAGCGGGAGCGGGAGUCAGAGCGAGAAGGGUCGGGGGAAGAAGAGCCAGCGACCUGCUCUGUACACAAAAUGCAGAGACAGAGUUCAGAGACUUCCUAGAGCAGGUGGGGCUGAGACCGUCUGAGACCACCUUACCGUCUCCACCUGGUCCACAGACCGAGGGAAGCCCAACAUCUCCACCUCUGUUUCAAACACCUGCAGCUCCAGACAUCACCACCAACCCUGAACUUUCUGUCAGAGGUCAGUCUGAGGUCAGACACCACCUGACCUGCAGCUGUGUGCAAACAGAUGUGACAGCAUCAGAAGAAUGUGCAAAGAAACAAAAUGCCUCAAACCAACAGUUUCCUGAAAAUAUUUGUAAAAAGAAGUUAAAAUAAUAAAAAAAGAAAUCAUCAAUAUUGUCUUAAAACUGCUGCCACCAGCACCACCAGUAUAAACUCUACAACUGAGCAGCUAUACAUGUAAUUACUGAAAAAAUCUUGUUUUUAUUUUCCUGUUUCCCUUCUCAUCUGCUCUGCACCGUCACCGACAGAAAAGAUUUUCUGUAGGAAGUCUUUUCUGUCAGAGUGCUGCGACUCAUAACGUCAGGCAGGAAAACCAACACUAAAUCUGACCCAUCAGCCUCGGCUUGGCCCGCAAACAUUUACUCCCAAACCUUAGUUGUUGUUUUUAAAAAUGAAGUAGUUGUGUUUUUAUUUUGUUUUCAUGUGUUUUAUUAAAAACCAGAUCUUUGUAAAGUUUGAUUUUCACUUCUAAAGUUAUUUCUACACAAAUGAAGGAGAAGUUUUCAUUUAAAGUCUUCUGAUGAAGUCAGAGAUACUAAAAGAGCAUUUUUAACAACCGGACAGGUUCACAUCUGGCUUUUUACUGAACUUGUUCGAGUGUAGAAACUUUCAGUUUGGUUCACUUCGACAUGUGGUGGAUGACCCAUCAGAUGGUCCAACUGAAGGUCAGAGGGUUUUCCUGACAUGUUCCAGUUUUCCUGCUAGUUUCUCUCAUUGUUUUAUGAUGCUUUGAUCUUUAGUGAAGUGUAAAAUCCAAGGAACACCACAAACAAUAACCAUCCUUGUUUGGAUCAAACCUGGAAUGAUUUGGUGAAACAAACUCAGCUUUGUGGUUCUGUGAUGGUGACUUCUCUAAGGCUCUUUCAGCAUCAGAAAUAUUAAUAUUCUUACAGAAAGAUUAAGUAAAACCAUUCAGCUGAAAACCUCGUGAUUUUCCUUAGAAAUGACUCAGUUCCAGGUUAUCACUCAUUAACAUCCAGUUUACAUGUUGGGCUGAAAAUUAAAUGUCCACUCCUCAAUAGCCUUUCCACUGUGGAGGCAGAUGGUCUAGCUCCAGGUCCAGAUCCUGGUCCUGGUUCUGUUGGAGCUCCAGUUUUCUAUCAGGAUCUUUUAAAAAGUAGGAAACAGAAAAUGUUUUGUGUCUGAGAGGUUAGGAGAACCUGGGACGACAACRCAGAAGGCCAAAAACGAUUCAGACAUCCUGAGAUGUUUGUUGACUUUAAACUGACUUAAACUUGAUGUUCUUUGUAAAAAAAAAUAAAAAGUGUUGCGGUUUCAUCUCAUGUUAAAAGUGUAAAAUAGCUGUUGUAGACUAGUUUUCUUUCUUAUUUUGUGCAACAUGAGAGUCAGAGUCCAGUUUAGUUCUGGGUGCAGCUUGUCUCUUUUUCCAGAAGAAUCUUGUUUUGUUGUUUUGGCUCGGGUCCAUCGCUGGGUUUUUAGUUUGCCCAGUUUUUCUUUUCUUUUUUUGGAUUCUGGUGUAAAUGCUGAUUCUCACAGUUCUGGUUCAUCCUUUGUUUUCUUUGUCAUUAAUUCAUGUAAAGCUGAAAUUAUUUAGGUUCAACUUAAAUUAUUUGUAAGCAGACAAUCGGUCAUGUGUACAUUUGUCCUUUUUAUGUUUUCAAACUGUUGAGCUGACAUCUUCUUAAUGUUUAGGACAGAGAGUCACCUUUCAAUUUUUCURUUUCAAAUCUUUACAGCCAAGAAAUCAGAUCACUUCAUUGUCCCGCCUGUUCAGACUCCUAGGGUUCAGGCACUCGGAGUUUCCUCUCAAAGAGGUCACAUUUUUCUAAGGUUUUUUAUACAAACCAAAAAUCUUUUAUAGAAAAACAAUUCAACCAAGUUGAAUAGACAUAAUAAACAUUUGAACAAGCCUCAUUCUGUCAGCAAAACAAAACCAACACAUGUCAAAGAGAGUAAACGCWCACCAGGGUCGUAAUGUGACAAAAACUAGAAUGCUCUAAACAAAAUUAKGUUUCUGAUCAAAAAUAUGAAAAUGAAGGAAAAUAUUUCAAAGUUGAAGUUUUACUCUUGUAGCAGGAUUUCUGAAGUUCUGAUGAGUCCAACUGAACCACAGAACCCAAAACKCCAAACUACAGCAGAUCUUAGUCAUGUUAAAAGCCCUCCACUCUGAACUCCCAUUAUUUUCUACAGCCUAACCYUGACUUAUCUUAAACCUAAUCUCAGUACAUAUGUGACUCGAAACACAACCACCCCAGUAAAUACUUGACCCUAAACCCAACCUCCCCAGUACAUACCUGACCCUAAACCCAACCACCCCAGCACAUACCUGACCCUAAACCCAACCACCACAGUACAUACCUGGCCCUAAACCCAACCACCACACUACAUACCUGGCCCUAAACCCAACCACCACACUACAUACCUGGCCCUAAACCCAACCCCCCAGUACAUACCUGACCCUAAACCCAACCACCACAGUACAUAGCUGACCCUAAAUCCAACCACCCCAGUACAUACCUGACCCUAAACCCAACCACCCCAAUACAUAUUGCUCCUUUUCCACUAGUGCCACUUAGUGUAGUGUCGGAACGGUCAAUGUCGGAACGGGUCAGUUAGGGUGCUUUUCCAUUGACAUUCCAGUCCAGUUCCAGUGGGUGUUUUAGGUGGUUGGUGGAGGUAGUUUUGGGGUUUUCUGAAAAAAGUUAAUGCGCAAAAUGAGAGAUGGAAACACAUUUGACGAAUAACUUUUGAAAUU